AUGGGAAAAGUUCACGGAUCUCUCGCUCGUGCCGGUAAGGUCAAGUCUCAGACCCCUAAGGUCGAGAAGCAAGAGAAGGCCAAGACCCCUAAGGGCCGCGCCAAGAAGAGACUCACAUACACCCGCCGUUUCGUCAACGUCACCUUGACCGGUGGCAAGCGAAAGAUGAACCCCAACCCUGGCGCAUAA